AUGAAUUCUCUAAACUUGACCACCACCAUGGAAGAAUCAUUUGAAUAUCGCCAUAAAAAAUUCGAUCAAAGCAGCAAACGUUUGCGUUCGGACUCUCUAAGUUCUUCAACAGGGGACUAUGAAUGCAUUCAAGUGGAAAUAGAGAGAAUAAGUGAGAUCUCUAAAGCAGCAUCACCAUCAUCAAACUCACAGGAAAAUAAUAACAAAAGAUCAUAUUCUCCCGAUGCCAGCGAAAGCAACUACUCUGAAUCCUUGAUACUACCAGAAGCCAAAAGACCCCGCAGCUCAUCAUUUGGCAGUUAUACACAAGCCUUUUCUCCUCUAAACACCCAACGCCAAACCUCAACACCAUUCACUUCCUCAGCAGUGGCUGUUCCUCCCGCUGCUGCCAUUCUACCCAAGAUCAGCGAUGAAACUUUACGCAGCAUUUGCAAAUAUCAUGGCAACAUGGUAAGGAAAUACCCUAAAGUACAACGAUCGGCCAAGGACCAAGAAAGACGUGACAAAAACACUCUGGCCUGUCGCAUGAGCCGACGUGUCAAGAAAUUAGAACAUGUAGCCAUAGCCGAGCAGUACAAGGAAUUCUCACAACAAACUUUCGAUAUCAUUGAGGAGUCUAUGAGAUCCACUGCCUAUUUGCAUGAAUUAAUGCAGCUGUUGUCUGCCAAGCAGUUACAGGAAAUGGAAGCACAGUCCAAUAAAAUGUUGACUGAGACAACGUCUGCUGAGCCACUUAACAAGAAGCCCUUCACAAUAGCCUAUUUGAUGGGUAAAAAGGAAUAA